UUGUAGGUUGGGGGGAAGAGAGCGAGAUUACUGCAAAAGAGGCGUUGCUGCAGCUGGCCCCAGCGCGGGGUCCGUUUGUGCCCCCAGGGAGACAGAGCGGGCGGCGGCAGAGGCACGAAGAGACGGAGGCGGCCCGAGAGAGGAUGGCUGCUCUGCCCUGGACUCGGGCGCUCCUCUGCCUGGCUGUGCUGCUGCACUCGCGUACGCCGGCCUCUGCUCAGGAUGAAGCUGUCUUGCAGGAAAGGGUCCAGAUCCAGCUGCCCAUUUCUUUGCAGGAAUUCAGCAGUGCCAUUGCCCAGCCCGAUCCUGCUGUCACUCAAGGGCCCGAGGCAGAGUCAGUCCUGGUGAACUCAAAUGUGCCAAGCUCAGUGCCUGAGAUCCAAGAAGGACCCCUUGAUGGCACAUUGCUACAGUGCUCAACCCUUGAAGUUGGCAUGCCAUGCUUAACAGACGAGGGUACAGCCAAGCCAGAGAUGGGGCCUGACAAGCCAGAAGAGCAACAAAACUCUUCCCUGGAGGGCGAGGAGGAAGCCGGAAGAGGCUGUAAUGAGGAUUUGCCCCCAGAGAAGAUGCGCAUGAUCGCAGAGGCCAUGCUUAAGUUCACAGUGGAUCUCGUGAGAGAAGUGGAGCUGGAGAAGCAGCAAGACAACCUUUUCCUCUCCCCGCUCAGCAUCACCCUGGCACUUGCUCACCUGGCUCUCGGAGCUGCAAAUCACACCGAGAAGGCCCUGCUUGAGAUGCUGCACCUGGAGAAGGUGCCCUGCCUCCACCAGGCACUGAGCCAGGUUCAUCGACAGCUCGACAAGGCCAUGCUGAGUGUUGCUGCCCGUCUUUACCUGCAAAAAGGAUUUCAGGUUAAAGAGAAAUUCCUGGAGGACUCCGAAAGGUUCUACAAAGCAAAGCCAGCCCUGCUGUCUGGUAACGGGGAGGAAGACCUUGCAGCCAUCAAUAACUGGGUGAAAGAAGCAACUAGGGGACAAAUCCCGAAGAUCCUGUCCGAGCUGCCCGUCAAUGUUGCCAUGAUUUUGCUCAAUGCUGUGCAUUUCCAAGGAUUUUGGAAAACCAAAUUUGACCCCGAAUUGACUGAGCCCGGCAUGUUUUACCUGGAUGAUGAGUUUGCGGUCUCUGUGGAGAUGAUGAAGGCUCCGAAAUACGCCCUAAGCUGGUAUAAUCUGGAUUCUUUGGAGGUUCAGGUCGCCAGGUUCCCCUUCAAGGGCAACAUGAGUUUUGUGGCCAUCGUGCCAAACCACUUUGAAAGGAACGUCUCCCAGCUGCUGUCUGACCUCUGCCAGGCCUGCCACUUCAGUGACUUCCCCAAGGAGAGGCCAACCAUGGUGAAGAUGCCCAAACUGCACCUGCAAGACCAGCUGGAGCUGAACCAAGCCAUCAGUCAGUUAGGCCUCGGGGAGCUAUUUUCUUCCCCAGACUUCCGUCGCAUUGCAGAGGGACCCCUCUUUGUCUCCAGUAUCUGGCACCACUCGGCCCUAGAGCUUGCGGAGACUGGGGUGGAGGCAUCAGCUGCUACCAGCGUGGUGAUGUCUCGCUCACUCUCCACUUUCAUCCUCAACCAGCCUUUUGUCUUUCUCAUCCUUGACGAUACUACGGGCAUCCCCCUUUUCUUCGGCAGCAUCCGCAACCCGAACCCCAGCGCUCCCAAGCAGAGGAAAGAGCAGGAAGAGCUACCUGACAAGCAAGAUCUCGCUCACAACACAAUUCCUAAAUAAGGGGAAAUCCAUAUAGUGGGGGCGGGGUUUGAACAGGAGUGGCUGUGGCCUCUCCAACUGUCUCCCCCCACUCCAGUUGGUCUUUGGGAGUGGUCCAGGGAUUUUUCCUUUUCUGAGGAAAAGUGUGGUGUAGCUCUUCCGAGAGCCAGUUUGGUGUAGUGGUUAAAAGCGGCAGGACUCUAAUCUGGAGAACCGGGUUUGAUUCCCCGCUCCUCCACCUGAAGCCAGCUGGGUGACCUUGGGUCAGUCACAGCUCUCUCAGAGCUCUCUCAGCCCUACCCACCUCACAGGGUGAUUGUUGUGGGGAUAAUAAUAACACACUUUGUAAACUGCACUGAGUGGCCAUGAAGUUGUCCUCAAGGGCGGUAUAUAAAUCGAAUGUUAUUAUUAUUAUUAUUUCUAUAAAUGGUUACCUCUUGCCGAUUUCCCUG